AUGACUGGUUAUGCUCACAGUCAGACCGCUGGCAAAUUUCCGUACCGGCCCCUGAGCCCACUAGAGAAAGAGAUCCGCCUCAUUGAGGUUGAUGCUCUCCAUAAGAUCGACACACAAUCGCCGGUCCGCUGUCGCUUGAAGCACGCCAGUCUGUACACUAAUCCUAACUACAUAGCACUCUCCUAUGCUUGGGGAGACCCAACAGCCACUCGAGCCAUCAUCCUAGACGGACGAAACGUUCAAGUCACUGAGAAUCUGGAGUCAGCACUGAGGCAUGUGGCGAGCAGCUUUGGUAACGAGGAAGAACCAGGACCGACGCUAUGGGUCGACGCUAUCUGCAUCGUCCAGCAGAACGAGUCUGAGAGGACGCAGCAAGUCGCCCAGAUGGGCGCCAUCUUCAGCACGGCGACAAGAACCAUGAUAUGGCUGGGACCGGCCGACGAGCAUAGCGACCUUGCUAUCGAGACGCUGCACACGCUGGGGAGGAGAGGAGUAAGGCUCCACGACCACGUCCCCAGCUGGACCAAUUUUCCAUUUUCCGACACCCCAUCCACUCGCCGAGUGAUCAGGACCCAGAAAAUGCUCGAUGGGAUUCUGGCCGAUCUCUCUCGAGGCGGUUCGACAAAACUGGCGGCAAUAAGCUCGCUUUUCGGCAGACCCUGGUUUCGGCGUGUCUGGGUCAUUCAGGAACGUGUGUUGUCGUCCGAUACAUUUGUUUGCUGCGGCGGUGCAGAAAUUGUUCGGGGCAGGUUCUUUUGGGGCUUUUGGCUCCUGUGCGGCCUACGAGACUAUCUCAACAUCGUCGGCACCGGUGUCGGGCGGCAAGACAGUUCUGCGUUGGCCCUGUUUCUCACGACGGCUCUGGACAUAGUGACUCCAGUCGCUUUUACGCGGUCAAACUCGUCGUUCAUUACGUUGUUUUCCUUGUUGUCCAGAAUGGCAACCACCCCUCAGCAGCAGCUUCAAGCCUCGGACCCACGGGAUUAUGUCUUUGCGCUUCUGGGACUUAUUGAUCCAGAGAAGAGCCCGUCGAUUGUUGCAGAUUACAGCAAAGACUGGAACACGGUGCAAGUUGAAGUUGCUACAGCUUGCUUGAGCUUCUACGGCCCGAGACUCCUUUCGUUUGCGGGUACAUGCCAGGAAAACGGAACAGCAGCUGCGAACGUACAACGUGCUCCGUCUUGGGCGCCAGACUGGUCAUCACAAUACAUACCACAGCCUUUGAGCAUCACCUCCGACUUUGUUGUUCGGGGCGGGAACCUACGAAGUGCGUACUCUACUUCGGCAGACUGUUCGCAGAGUUUAUCGGGACGUUUUGUCUCAAAUAAACGGAUAUCGCUAGACGCCGUGCGCAUGGACGACGUAGAACAGGUGGAGUCACCAUUGGUUGAAGCGGACAAUUUCGCAGACGAUUCGGCGCGUGUAGCUUCUCUCGCAUCGUGGAUCGAAGGCCUCGAAGUCUUGUUAGGAGAGACAAUAUACACUACUCCGGCCGAUUUGCAAGAGGCUCUGUGGAGAACCCCGAUCGCAGAUAGGGCAUAUGCGUAUAACUAG